AUGAAGCGUAGCCAUAAUGUAUUCUCCAUCGCAAUAUGCGUUCAGCAGCUCGCUCUUUCUAGAGCUUUUGUUUCUGCUGGAUCGCCUUCUCGUCAACUGGCUGGGUCCCGUGAUGUAUGCGUUCCUGCUGUGCUACAAGUACUAUGUCCGCGAACUCUCUCUCCCACUCCUUCUCACCGACAUUGUCUUUUACGUAUCGUUCUUCUAUGUGAACCGGACCAGGCUCGCCGCAGGGUCUACAGGAAACAAGUCUGGGUCGGCAAGACUCAUUUUGUGGUUCUGGGCACUCUCGCCGUUUUCUCUUGCGGCCCAGGUGUACAGCCUCGCAGGCCUCCCUCUCGUUCUGACUAUCGACAUCGUGUUUACCUCUUUGGCUAUGAGCCUCUGUCUUCUCGAGCUCAUUUGGUCCAUUGCAGUUUUCCUGCUUUCUAA